AUAUACCCCCCAUUAAAAGAGAUGACAAAAAUUGGACGCUGUGUUUAGUCAGACAACAAAUUUCACAUUGGCAAGUACACCUGCUUCAGCCUUUGACUUAAAAUGCAAGUCGUUGUUAUAGUCUUUAUAGCGUUCAUUUUGAGCGCAACGGAAAUAUCAGCUCGAUUUAUAUCUGAUAACAUAUGUCUGGCAAUGCCAAAUGGUCAGAAGCUUCCUAUUACUGAUGACUGCGGAUCAUACAUAGUAUGCGAGUACAAUGUGCAAAAAGUUCAGCGCUGCGCAUACGGCACCCUUUUCGAUCCGAUUUCGAUGGUAUGCAACUGGGCCGCUUUUGUCAAGUGUGGACAAACACCGUCGCUCCCGCCAAUUAUUCUUGCACCCUCGUCCACUUCUGUUGCAAUUCCGACUACGUACAGGCCACCAACAGGAUUUCCAAGCAUACCGACCGCACCGACGCCACUACCCACAACUGUAACAGUGAGAACAACCACUAAUAUCCCGUAUGAGCCUCCAUAUAUUCCUACAGCUCCUACCGCUUCACCCACACUGCGACCUCCUGUAGUCGUUACUUCCAUUCCGACGAUACGUCCAACAACUACCCCACGUCCAGUGAUUACAACCACUCCCCAGUUCAAACCACCCAUGAACCCUUAUCCAUUCUGUACCCCGGAAGAGUUUAGCUUCAUCGCACACCCAACAGCAUGCGAGAGUUACUAUAUUUGUGCCUACGGUAAGCUGAUUCUGCAUAGCUGUGGACAUGGUGUUUACUGGAACACAGCCACCAAUCAGUGUGACUUCCCGGAAAAUACCGACUGCACUAAUCUCCCUAAUCCGGCCGCUCCGGAAACGUCUACCCCGUCCGCUGAAACAACAACGAUAUCAAGCACUCCGGAUUGUUACGGCAGUAACAUUUUUUACCCCAACUACAACGACUGUAGUCAGUAUUACAUCUGCAUCGGGCUACAGCCAAUAUUGAUGAGCUGUCCUACCAGCUAUUUGUGGAAUAGUAAAACAUCUCAAUGUGAUCAGCCUGGUAAUGCAGUAUGUGCGCAGAAAUAACAAAAUUCCUCUUAUAGGAAUGAUUAUUUUGAAUGAUGAAAAACAUGAAUAAAUUGUUUCUUCCGCAUCUGAUCAUGAAAUAAAAAUACGAUCGGUUGUUA